CGAAGUAAUAGGAAUCAAAAUAAGCAAUGAAGUUGCCGUGCUGGGAGUCGCUUGGUUGCUUUAUGGCUAACUUGCUGCCCAACUCUUGGUCCUGGACGGGUGAGAUGACAACCUUAAGUGUGGUUAACCAAAGUCGAGGAAUAAUGGAGGACAACAUUGGCUGCUGUUCCAUGAACUGGCUAUUGCAGCUCCAGCAAUCCUCGUGUCCCCUGGUGAAGAUUUUAAUACUCGGAUUGGUGGCAUUGCCGGUUUAUAACACCAUUUUGAUUCUGGUGGGAUGGCGCCUAAAUUCUAGUGCUUCAAGCAGUGCGGAGCGUUUGGUGCUGGACAUUCAAGUGGCCAGAGCCGUGAAACGUCCUGCUCCACCACCUCCUCCAGCUCCAAGGCCACCGCCCCGCCUUCGACGACGAAAGGCUCCAAAGACCCCAGUUCCAACCAGAAAAUUGCGAUUAACAGAAGUCUAUCCCAGCCAAAAGAAUCCCUUUGGUUUCAGCCUGCAGCGGUCAGGGGAUCAGGAAGAUCACACAGAUCAGUACAAGAAUCUCAGGGAGAACCUGAAGCUGGUCUUGGAGAACUUACAAAAGCCUCUGCCAUUGCCAUUACCUCCUUCCCCCUUAUUACCCAUUUUUGUACCCCCUGAAGUAGAACCCCUGACCCAGCCUGAGUCCCCAACCCCGCUUGAAUCCCCCAGAACGGAGAUGGAAAAGCGGCGCUCUAAAUUUAUCCCAGGGAUCUUGAAACGCCUUGGAUUAAACUCCAUUUGGCAGAGAUGGAAAACUCGGACGAGCAGGAAGAAAACCACGACUUCUGAAGCCAGCACUUCCUCAUCCAGCUGCUCGAGCACAGGGUCCAGCUGCUUCUAUGUCUACUAAACCGAAAUCUGGCCAAGAUCGAGGGCACGUCUAUCAGAAAUCAGCGCUCCAUUCCGUGUGAAUCUGUGAGAUAAUAUAUUUUGUUACGAUUAAAAGCAUGCUGAGGUCAAC